AUGGCUACUGGAUCUUCCCAGGUUGGCUUGACGACGCCACGUGCACCGAUCGUCAGGUCGCGACUGCCACGACUGCGUUGGAGCUUCGUUUUGUUUCUUGUCUUGGGCUUAGUCGCAAUUAUUGCGGAAUUCCUUAUAUUCAAAGAUCUCUGGAAGAUUUGGUUCUCCUUCCCUGAACCCCUCUCCAUUAUGCGCGGCCUCAGUCUGGUUUCCGCGACCUCUGUGUUCGGCCUCACGCCCAGCGAUACCUUCUAUCCCCCAACACUAAACGCGACAGCAUACAUCAGCAACAGCACUAUCGGUACAUAUGGAGGUAUCUACAAAGCUCCAACGAAUGGUCCAACCGAGGGAAUCCCCUACGGCACCUAUGACUAUUGCUCCAUGCCACAUCCUCGUCCGUCGGAAUACAAGCUACCCGAAGCUCUAGCCAAUGGCUCAGCCAACGGAAAGCUUGUGUACUUGGAGUAUUUACAGCGCCACCAGCGCCGCUCUCCAUACAAUAUUCUCCCCGGUGGAGAAAACCAAGCAUACCAUUGCGAUGAUGUGCGCCCGUACCUCUAUGCCGGCCCCAAUAGCGCAAGUGGCAUCCAUGCCAUCCCAAUGUAUGCACAGACAUAUCAAGACCCAUCUAAUCCAUUCAUGCCGGAUGUGAAUGGCACCUGCCAGUACCCGCAGAUCACUAUUGGAGGUAUCCAAGAUGGAUACCAGCACGGCAAGGACCUGUGGAGUAUCUAUGGCGAGAAGCUUGGUCUAAUUCCCGAUAUGCCAAAUAAACGCGUUUGGUUCCGCUCCAGCGAGUCCGCCCUUACACAGGCCUCGGCUGGUGCGGUUCUACGGGGCGUGUGGCCUGACUUUGAAGGAGCUCUGCCUCUGCGUCAGAUGGUUUCGUCUGUCGAUACCGUUAACAAGGGAUAUUCCUGUCCCGCUGUCGGCUCUAUGCUAUUGAGUCUACAGUCUACCAAGCAGUGGAAAGAGCAUUUGAGUGUCACUGAGGAGUUACGCUCGAAGCUGGGUGCCAUGCUGGGCGCGUCAGAUAGUUCUUGGCAGGAUACGUUUGAUCACUUCUCGGAUAAUUUCCAGGCUCGUCUUUGCAAUGGCUAUGAUUUGCCUUGCAGUUUGUCAAAUUCUUCGGACUGUGUUAUCAUGGAGAUGGCUGAGGAGGUCUUCCGUGCUGGUGACUGGAAGUGGAACUACUACUGGCGCACGAACCCGCAUGUGGCCAAAUACAUCCAGAUUGUCGAGGGCUUGUUUAUUGGUGAAAUCAUUUCUCGUCUGCAAGCUGUCCAGGAUGGGAGUUCUACCAUUGAUUACAGUCAUAUCUUUAUCCACGAUGGAGAUAUUGGUCCUAUUCUAGGUUCCUUGGGCAUCGAAGCACUGCGCUGGCCCGCUAUGGCAUCCAACAUUGCUUUUGAGGUUUGGGAGACCACGGAGCGGGAGAAUGAAAGCUCCUUAUACGCUAGGGUUUUGUAUAGUGGCCACCCCGUACGAAGCAUCCAUGGUGUUCUUGACUGGGUCCCUCUCUCGGAGCUGAUUGAUAUAAUGCACCCCUAUGUCCCCGAUGAUAUUAUUUCCCUCUGUGGGCAGACUAACUAA